GACUGCACUCAGGACUGCAUUUGCGCUACGUUUUGUUCGUAGAACUUAACUACAAUGGGACGCAAGAAAAAGAAGCCCAUGAAGCCGUGGUGCUGGUACUGCGAACGAGAUUUCGACGAUGACAAGGUCCUGGUGAUGCAUCAGAAGGCUAAGCAUUUCAAGUGCCACGUUUGCCACAAGAAAAUGUACACAGCGCCUGGUCUCGUUCUGCACUGCAUGCAGGUGCAUAAAGAGAACGUCACGGUUAUACCGAACGCUCUGCCUAACCGCAACAACCUAGAACUAGAGAUUGUGGGUAUGGAAGGAAUUCCUGAGGAGGACAUACGGGCAAGGAAAGAGAGAGCUGGCUACAGGGAAGAAGGUUCAGAGGCAAAGAAGCCAAGCUUCGAUGGUUUUAGUGCACAUGCAGCAACUGCGGCAGCAGCAGCCGCUGCAUACGGUUAUUCGAUGAUGCCUAGUAUGGUACCAGGCUUGGGUGCUGCGGGAACGGCUGCUACAACAACCUUUCAGACACCGAAAUUCCAGACACCAACCUUUCAAACACCAAUCUUUCAAACAUCAGCUGCGAGCAGCAUGCCUUCUGUAAGUCAUCCACAGAUGCCUAUCUUAUCGUCUGUGCCUUCAAUGCCACCUGCUCAAGUACAGCCAGCUGCCUCAUUUCCAAGUAUGCUUUUUCAAUCGACCAUUCCAACUCAUACUGUCCCCCAUGCUUGGCCUACAAGUCAGCCGGUAGCUGCUCCCCCAUCAACUCAGCUAAUGUUGUUUCCAAGUGCUGUGCAAUCUCAAGGUUUGAUUAGACCGCCGACGUCGGCUCCUCCAUCGACAGGAGAUUUUAAGCCUCUUAACAAUCAACCACCGACUCUGGCAGUGGGUCCUCAAGUAGUCCCCCCUACCCCAUCGAUAGGCAGUAAGUCAACAAGUAGUGCUUCUACACGAAUUGUUCAUCCGGAAGAAGACAUGUCAUUGGAGGAGUUACGCUCCUGUCUAGCGAAGUACCAUCAGAAUUUGAGGCCAGCUGAAGCUCCUGUAGUUCACGUACCCAUGAAGCCUACACCCCAACCACCACCACCUCAGUUUGGAUAUCCUGGACAAUUUUAUCGUGGGAUGCCACCACCAGGACCAAUGAGAUAUUGAACAGUGUAGUCGCAUAAAGGGUGUACAUGUACCUAUUU